AUGGCUGCCCCAGGCCGCCCAUUCGAGCCUUUGAUGCCUUCAACUAUAUUUGAUCGAGACCCAGACAUGGAUAUUUCGGAAGAAAUGGAGGAAAUUCGCGAGGUCCUCUACGCCCUCAUCAAAUCACAUUUCCCGAUGGGUGUCUCAUCUGCUCAUCUUGCUGAGAAGUAUCACGAGGAAUAUGUGGCUACUGGAAUGGGAAGAGAGCUGCCGCCUGAAUGGCUCGAGCAAGUUAUGGCAGCUGAAGAAUUUGAGACACAAAUUCGUGGUCCAUUGACGAUCCUUUUUGUCCGAUUGUCAAAUACCUCAUCCUUCCGGCGACCCCAUAUUCCGGUGACAAAUAUGCGAAUCAUCGCGUCCGGUAAAGAGACGGCCAAUUAUCCAUUGGAAUCCGAGAAGCCCUCACCUCCCCUACCAUCGGCUAGAAAGAGCCCCCGAGACAUCGCCACACAGCUCGAAUCCAGCGUACUUGACAACCAAUGGGUACUACCAAUGAAAGUGCACAUCAGCCAUAUAAAUUCCCCCAACGAUUUCUACAUCAUAUCGUCGGACCCAAAAAGACAAGAUGAACUGCGGGGGCAGUUGAAUGACUACUACCAAAAGAACGACGAGGGAACAAGGGUCGAGCUACAUGAAGUAUGUGUCAAUGGGGCGUAUGCUGUGGUGGAUGAAAAUGGGGAUUGGCAUAGGGUCAUUAUAUUGUCAUGUGAAAGUGGAGGGAUGGCCAAGUGCUCUUUCGUUGACAAUGGUCGUUCACUCACCGUUCCAGUUGACAAGAUUCGCUUUUUGUCGUGCCCACAGAUGGUCACUUCUUCCCUAGCAGCCCGAUGUUCGUUGGACAUUCCACAAGACCACGCUCAAGCAAAAACAGAUGCGUUCAAGAAAAUGGUAACCGACGCUGGUGCACCAAUCAUCGUUAAGGCCGCACUAAUCGAGAAUGUCAAAUCAUUGCGAACCAUCAAGCUCACUCUGCUCGAUGACAAAAAUGUGAAAGACGCGCUUUUGAAAAGCGGAUCGACAGAAAAAGAAAAUAGAAGCCCGCCAAGCUCUCAACCUGGCACUCGACCCACAUCCACAACAUCCCUCAGCCUCACCGCACCACUACUUAAUUUUGUGGAUGACCCGGAAAUUCAGCCCAUGAGCGUCCAAGAAAUGCCAGCAACCACGUUCUAUUCCCACGCCCUAUUCGCUGCCGGUCCAGCCGAUAUAUCGAUGCGUCAGACGUCAAUGGACCCAAUGCCUGAUUACAUGUAUGAAAAACUGGCCGAAGAAUGCUCCCUGCCAGCGGCCGCUCUGGUGGAUAGCCCUGUCCCCGGCUCUUUUUACGGAGCGUUCAUCGAAGAACGCUGGGAACGAGUGAUUUGUGUGCGUGGUUCAAAAGUCGAUCCAGCCUCUUUUUGUGUGUACUUGGUCGACGUUGGAGCUUUUCACUACGUCCGUGGGGAGGCCAUGCGUCGGUUGAAUGCGAAGACACCCUUUAAAAAGAUGCUGAUGUUCAAGGCGAAGGUUGCUGGAAUUGUGCCAAUUGGUGGUGCUGAUGUAUGGAGUCGAGAGGCCCAUUUGGCCACUCGCGAGUUCUUCGAGGCAUCCCUUGGGGAGCAUGUCGAGGUGACUCCAAUUUCAUUUCCAAAAACGCCACGGACUGCAGAAACAAAGACCGCUUGGAAUAAGUGGAAACAACUCAAUGCUCCCACCGUCCCAGUCGUUGAAGCCCGGAUUUCGGUGGCUGGGCGCGAUUUAGCCGAUUGGCUGAUGGGCUGUGGCUUGGCCGUGCCCGCUGUA